AUGAUGUAUCCGACGACACUGGACCACCAUAGCGGGGUCUCACCAACUACAGCCGGCAAGAUGGGCAUCAAGGCAAUCACACACUCGGAGAGCCUGCCUCCUCGAAGAAGCCUAUCCAGCGACCUGCCUUCCCUCUCUUUCCACCGAUCCUUGAUCCACCCGCAGACACCACCCGAGUCUACCUCGGGCAGCCCCCGGUUAAAGAUUGAGCCCUCGUCGCUCUCGGGCAUCUCGCGAGAUUGCUCCCCUCUUCCCAGCAUCGCCCGCCUCAGCUCGCCCAGCAACCCCGUGUCCGUUAGACUCCCCAGCCUCGAGGAGUUCGACCAAGGUGUAGAAGCACUCGCUCGGUCUCAUGGCCCCGCGCGACCUUACACGCCGCCCUCGCCUCUCCCCAGCCUCGGCCGGGGGCCCGUCCUCCCUCACCCCAUGCCAGCUCUCCACGGGUACGCACCACACGAGACGUACUCCGGGUACCAACAUCACGAUCCUUUCAUGCACGGCUCGUCGAGCAUGGAUGGCUAUCCCAGCCCGCCUCCGGAUGGCGAGAACCGACAUAUAAAUCAAAAGUACACGACCGAGGAGGGCGACUUCAUCAUCUACGCCUGGCACGACAAGAAGCUCAAGUGGCAGCGCAUCAAGCAGGACUUCGCCGCAAUGUUCGGGAGGACACCGGAGCGGACCGUCCAAGGCCUCCAGGCCUGGUACUACCGCAUGAACCAGCGCAUCCCGCUCUGGGACCAGGAUGGCUGGCUGAUUUUCGACAACGAGGACGACCUAGAGCCCAAGUACAUCAGCAUCAAGUGCCGCGAGAGGGACAGCCAGGACAAGCCUAUGGAGCCCCUCGGCCUGGCCCAGCGAUACCCAGAGCGCGCACUGCACUACUCGUGGGUCGACCCGGAGCUGAAGCGCAAGUGUCAAGACUGGGCUGCGAAGCGAUCUAUGCAGUAUAGGGAACGUCGGGAACGCAGGAAGAGAAAGGAGCAGCGACGUCUCAAGCUCUAA